AUGGUGAGGAAUGUGGACGACUUUGACUUCUGCUUGCCUUCACAUGCCCAGGGCGUGCUGGAGGGGCUGCAGCAGCUCCGCACCAACCCCAAACUGGCAGAUGUGACUCUGGUGGCGGGUGGGCAGGAGUUUCCCUGCCACCGGGGCAUCCCGGCCCUCUGCAGCAACCACUUCCAUGCCAUGUUCUCUGGUGACUUUGCUGAGAGCAUUGCAGCACGGGUGGAGCUGAAGGAGGUGGACCCUGGUGUGCUGGAGAUACUGCUCAAUUUUGCUUAUACAGGGAAGGUCACCAUCAACCAGGGCAAUGUAGAGGGGCUGAUGCAGACCUCCAGCCAGCUCCACUUCCCCACUAUCCAGAAAGUCUGCAGUCGCUACCUCCAGCAGCAGAUGGACGCCACCAAUUGCCUAGGUAUCUGCGAGUUUGGCGAGAGCCACGGCUGCCCCGAGGUCUCCUCCAAGGCUUGGUCUUUCUUGCAGGAAAAUUUUGAAGCUGUCUCUCUGCAGGAGGAGUUCCUCCAGCUCUCCAAGGAGAGGUUGGCUGUCUACCUCUCCAACGACCAGUUGCAGGUGCAGAAGGAGCAGAGCCUGGCUGAGGCUGUGCUGCGCUGGGUACGCCAUGACCCGGGGCCCCGAGCCCAGUUCCUGCCUGAGCUGUUGGAGUUGACCCACCUCAUCUCGCUGCCUGAUCAGUACCUGCAGAACCUGCUUGCCACUGAGCCCCUCAUCCGAGACUCAGAUGCUAGCAAGGCUGUCGUUGCCCGAUCCUGCACUAUGGGGCAGAGAGACGCUGGUGCCCAGAAGAACCCCUCAACCCCACUUCAGAAGCUGGAAGAGGUGCUGGUAGUGGUUGGCGGCCGUGUGCUGGAGGAGGGGGAGGAUGAGGACAGGGGGCUGGAGACGCCAGCUGCACCCAGGAACUUUGCCUUCUACAACCCCAAAAGCAGGCGAUGGAUGGCUCUGCCCGAUUUCCCUGAUUACAACAAAUGGGGCUUCUCCCUAGUGACUCUGAACAAUGAUGUGUAUGUCACAGGUGGCUCACGGGGGUCCCACAACGACACAUGGUCAACAACCCAGGCCUGGUGUUUCUGUCCCAGGGAUGGUGCCUGGAAGCUUAUUGCUUCCAUGCUGAGAGCCCGAACAAACCACACGAGUGCUGUCCUCAAUGGCGAGAUCUACGUCAUUGGGGGGACGACAGUGGAUGUGGUGGAGGUGGAGCGCUAUGACCCCUACAGCAACAGCUGGUGCGCCAUCAGCCCAGCCCUCAAGUAUGUGAGCAAUUUCGCAACUGCCAGCUGCUUGGGCAAGCUCUACCUGGUUGGCUCCUGCGCCAUCAAGUACAAUGCGCUCACCUUGCAAUGCUACAACCCUGUCCAAGAUUUGUGGAGUGUGAUCACAUCCCCUUUCAUCCCCAAGUACCUCUCGGCCCCACGCUGUGCCACCCUGCAUGGGCUUAUCUACCUUAUUGGGGACAACACCAAGAAGGUCUACGUGUACAAUCCGGAGGUCAACAUCUGGCAGAAGGUGCAGCUCCUGCACACUCUUCAUGAGAAUGGUGGGAUGGUGCCAUUGGGCGACCGGCUUUUUGUCACUGGUGGCCACUGGAAGGGCAUGGAUGGGGAAUACCAGGUGGAGAUGGAGGUGUAUGACUGCACCAAGGACCUCUGGACAUGGGAGGGCUCCCUGCCCUGCCUCUGGCUCUUCCACAGCUCCUCCUCCAUCUUCGUGGACACCUCCAAGUGGACAGAGGCUUUCCAGGGUGACCAUGGGUGGUAA